AUGGAUAGACAAGAAGAAGAAGAUUUCAGUUCUUUAUCCAUUAUUGAGAGAUUACAACAUAAAUUAUGGAAAGCUCGUGUUUCAGCUUGUGAAGAAUUAACAAAACUAUUCCAUACAACAGUGGACGAUUCCGAUUUCUAUACCUAUGAACCUCAUUUAAAGAAACUCGUCAUUGAGCCUAAUGCUGUAGCUCAAGAAGCUGGUUUAACAGCCCUUUUCGAAUACGUUACCAAUGCACCGAAUGCCACAAGCACACGUGAAGUGAUUAUACCUGCAUUAGUCGAAAAAGGUCUAAGUGCCAUGAAAGCAGGUGCCAAGCAAAAAGCAACAGAUACCAUUUUACUUUAUGCAGAAUUAGAUACACCGAAUCCAGUGAUUGAACUUGUAUUGCCUGGUACCAAUGCAAAACAACCCAAACUCAUCACGCAAACCGUCUUGGUAUUAAAAGAGCUUGUCCGUCAAUUCGGCAUACACAAAGUCAGUCCAAAACCCAUCAUCAAAACGCUACCGAAACUCUUUGGCCACACCGAUAAAAAUGUACGCGCAGAAACGUUCCAGUUGACGGUAGAACUGUAUCGUUGGAUCGGUCCAGCACUCUUGCCCAGCCUGUCCUCAUUGAAACCUGUACAGCUCAAAGAUUUGGAAAAAGCAUUUGAAAGUUUACCCAAAGAGAAACCCGUCCCUGAGAGACUCAUUCGAGCAGAGCAGGCACAAGCGCACGAAAAAGACGACGAGGAAGAGGAAGAGCAAGAGCCCACAGCAGACCCAGCAGAAGACGACGACGAGGAGAUGGAAGUCGAAGAAAUGGAUCCUUACGAUUUCGCUGAUCCCAAAGAUAUUACAGCCCAUCUCCCUUCCAACUUUUAUGAAUUACUCACCUCGAAAAAGUGGCAAGAAAGAAAAGAAGCCUUGGACGCAUUGACAGAGGAGGCCAAAACGCCCAAGAUACUGGACACCGAUUACAGCGAGCUCAUCUCGGCCCUCGCCAAACGUAUCAAUGACGCCAAUGUGCUGCUGGUCGCCGCCACCGCGCAUUGUGUGGAACUGAUCGCGAACGGUCUUCGAACCGACUUUAGCAAAUACAAGCCCAUCCUUGCGCCUGUCAUGAUUGAAAAGCUCAAAGAACGAAAACCAGCCGUCCUGGAACAGCUCACCCACGGCCUCCAUGCCGUCUUUGCGACCGUUCCCUUGUCGGAACUCGUCGACGAUGUCACUGUCGCUUCAAAACACAAGAAUCCUCAAGUCAGAGCCGAAUGCUUCAAAUUGCUCUCACGACGACUCAGAGAAGUGAAAGAAAUGCCUGCCAAAACAGAGAUCAAAGCCUUUGCAGACAUGUUUAAAAAAUUGUUGGACGAUAGCGAUGCCCAUGCCCGUGACGCCGGUGCAGAAGGCUUGGGCACCCUCAUGAAACUCAUCGGUGAAAAACCCAUGCUCCUCUUGACCGAAGGAUUAGAUGAUAUCAAAAUGAAAAAGAUCAAGGAAGUAUGCGACCAUGUUACGGUCAAAGCGACCUCGGCGAAAAAACCUGCACGACCCCCAUCGAAACCAAAAGCACCGCUCAAGUCGGCGGCCCCCGCGCAGAAGAAAAAGGUGCCUGCUGCACCUCUCAAAAAACCAACCUCAUCAGCACCCGCUCCAGCAGUAGCAGCAGCAGCAGACCCUAUGGCCAUCGAUCGAUCGAUCGAUCCGCCCCACCUCUCCUCACCACCGAAAAGAAAACCACCCAGCAAAUGGGCAGGCGCGGGUCAUUUAAAAAAACCCGCUCUUUCUUCAGCGGCCAAAACGAGACCUUUCCCGCCCUCCGCCGUGCCUUCUGCAGCAACACACAAAGCAGCUCCGACGACGACAGAAGAAGAAGAAGAGAACGAAGAAGAAGAAGAAGAAGAAAACGACGACAUGGACUUUGAAAUGGACCCUUACGAUUUAGCAGAUCCAAAAGACAUUACCGAAAAAUUACCUUCCAACGUUUACGCAUUACUCGUCUCGAAAAAAUGGCAGGAACGAAAAGAGGCCUUGGAAGCCAUCGCAGAACAAGCCAAAACACCCAAGAUACUGGACAUUGAUUAUACUGAACUGAUGACAGCGCUUGCACAACGUAUCAAUGAUGCCAACGUCCUGUUGGUCGCGACGGCCGCUCAGUGUAUUCAGUCCAUCGCCACUGGCUUACGCGCCGACUUUGCCAAAUACAAGCCUCUCGUAGCCCCCGCCAUGAUUGAAAAGCUCAAAGAACGAAAACCAGCUGUGCUAGAACAGCUCACCAACGGCCUCAACGCCGUCUUUGCUACCGUUCCCUUGUCGGACCUCGUGGAAGAUGUGACAGCAGCCUCGCACCAUAAGAAUCCUCAAGUACGCGCUGAAAUCUUUAAACUGAUCUCACGACGACUCAGAGAAGUGAAAGAAAUGCCUGCCAAAACAGAGAUCAAAGUGUUUGCCGACAUGCUGAAAAAGCUCUUGGACGAUAGCGAUGCCCAUGCGCGAGAUGCUGCCGCAGAAGGCUUGGGUACCCUCAUGAAACUCAUCGGUGAAAAACCCAUGCUCCUCUUUACCGAAGGCUUGGACGAUAUCAAAAUGAAAAAAAUCAAGGAUGUGUGUGACAAGGUCACUGUCAAAGCAAGGCCUGCCACGAAAAAGGCAAAACCCACACCCACACCCACACCCACACCCACACCCGCACGUGCACGUGCACCUGCUUCAGCUUCCCCCUCCUCACGCGCACCUGCAAAGACCCUCACGUCCCCCGCCCUGAAAAAGAAGGUCCCCUCCUCCAUGGCCUCCAAAUCAACAGCACCACCACCCUCUAAACCACGUCCAGCGUCAGCUGAUGUCGAUCCUAUGAAAUCGACCGCCACCACCACCACCACCACCACUACCACCACCCUCCCGCAUCGGAUGAAAGCAACCACCCCUUCUUUAUCCAAAAAAAGAACCCUUCCUUCUUCUUCUUCUGCAGCUUCCACUACCUCUCCAGCAAGAUCACAAGCAGGCACAACAGCAGACACGUCCACCGCUGCUUCUCCCCCCAUCCUCACGCAUGAUCCUCGUGCCAAGCUCAUGCGCGCCAAGAAAGAAAUUCGAUGGCAAUUUGAUCUGCCCCCGCCCGAAUUCGUGGACCGCUUACACUCUCUCUUUGACGCUCAUUUCAGUCGUGACCUCACCUCUUUGUUGUUCAGCAAGAGUCAGUACGCUGAAAAGGAUCGUUUGAACGGCCUCACGCAGCUCAACGCGUGUCUCGAGGCCCCGGAUCUCUGUGACGCCAAAUACGGUCUCGACCCAGGUGAGAUCCGACAACGCUUUUUAGCCAAUGCCGAUUUGAUCUUUAAAUACUUGACCCUACGCUUCUAUGACACCAACACCAGCAUGCUCAUCCAAUGUCUCGACAUGACCCAGCACCUGGUCACGCUGAUGGAGCAAGAAAGCUGUCCCUUGUCUGAAUAUGAAGCCGCUUCUUUCCUGCCCUUCCUCAUCCAUAAAGUAGGCGACCCAAAAGAAGUGAUGCGUAAACGUAUCCGUCACAUUCUCCACGCCAUCUGCAACAUCUAUCCCCCUCCCAAAUUGUUCAACUACCUGUUGGAUUCAACAGCGAGUUCUAAAAAUGCCAAAGCACGCGCUGAAUGCUUGGAACAAGUCGGCAGCUUGAUUCAAACCCAUGGUAUGUCUGUCAUGCUGCCCCAGAAAGCCUUACCAGCUGUCGCCACCCACAUUGGCGAUAAAGAUGCAGGUGUCCGCAAUGCCGCCUUGGCUGCAAUUGCUCAAGCCUAUAUCUUGAUGGGGGAUCCUGUCAUGAAAUACAUGACCCAACUGGGUGCGAAAGAAAAGAGCAUGUUGGAAGAGCGAUUAAAGCGUACAAAACCAUCGGCCAGUGUAUUGGCACAACAAGAAAAAGAACAGCGUGCUAAACAAGAAGCAGAAGAAAUGGAGGUGGAUCCCCUUCCCUCCCUCCCUCCAUUACCACGCAAGCCUGGUAGUAGUGGUAAAGCACGUAGCGGUAUUGCGACCCCCAAACGCGUGAGUCAGCCUUAUGUACAUAGCCAUCACACUAUACCCGACUCUGACCCCAUGGAAGACAUGGCCGAUGAUCAUGGACGUCGUUUACCUGACCCACCCCUUUCUUCUUCACGUCAUGCACCCCCCAUGCGUUACCAGCCAUUGCCUCCAUCAAAUUUAUAUCAACAACAACAACCACAACCACAACAACCACAACAACAGCAGCAGUCCAUGCCUACCACUUAUGAUAGUCAACGGGAUUACCUCGAUUACUUGAUUCCUCAAAUCACCAGUAGCGAUGCUCCCUCCAGUAUAGAAGCACUGAAAAACUUGGAUAAAAUGCUGCUGAGCCAUCCAGACCUUAUUCAACAGGAAAUCUCGCGUUUAAUCAUGGCCAUUGCCCUCCAAAUUCGUUUAGCCUAUUCCAAUAUGGAUAGCCGUCAACCCAUGUCGGUUCGUUUAUGCAAACAUUUGGUCAACGCCCUUGUUUUAUUGUUUUCCAACAAAGCUGUGGCUCAGUCCAUUCCUCAUGAAGCAUUGCAUAAUUUACUCAACGAAUUGGCUUUCCGUUUACUAGAUCAAAAUAUGCUUUCUGUAGAAUCCGGCGGACAAUUAUCCAAAGCCCUCAAUGUCGCCAUGGUAAAAAUUCUGGAAAACAGCUCACGCAAUGUCACUUUAAGUGCACUGUUGACCAUUUUAAAUGAUGCUUCUUCGAAACUACGACCCCAUGAUCAGCCUAAUUCGCUUCAAACGAAAUACACAGAAUUGAUUAUGAAAUGUUUAUGGAAGUUGGCCAAAACCAUCCAAGACAGUCUCAGAACCAACAGUUUAAAUCCAGACCAUCUUUUGUUUGAGAUUAAUGAAUUUUUCAUUACUACCCCACCUGCCGAAUGGAAACGUAGAGCAGCCGACAAUGUCCCGCUCGGUGAAAUGCCGUUACGAACAGUAAAGACCCUCUUGUUAGAACUCGUCAAUGGAUUGGGUCCCAACAUUUUUCAGCAUUUGUCCUUGAUCUCAGAGCCACAAAAGAGCAGCGUGUAUCCUUAUCUCCAUCACAUGUUGGAAGCCUGUCGAAGAAAAGGGGCCUCGACACACCCAUCGACAGAAUCCUCUUUAUCGCCCAUGCAACCACCACCCCCCUCCUCCCCUCAGCAGCAACCACCACCACCACAACAGCACGCUUCUCCUGAUCAUCACUACUUGUCCCAUUCUCGACAUGCAUCGAUGGAUCGCCCUUCCUCCAUGUCCCCUUAUCCAUCCGAAACACUGCAUCGAUCCCCUUCCUUGGCUUCCCAUCACUCAUCCACCGUCGAAGGCGAACCUCCUUCCGAUGGACUCUAUGAUACCAAGUACGCAUCCCCUGUGCACUCACAUCCAGCUGUACAACCAAUGCAAAUAGACACACCACCUACCCACCAUCAAAAGAGUGCCUAUCCAUCCGAAUAUGAGCUCAAUCUGAUGUUGACCAAGAUUUUUAGAAAGAUUGGUGAUCGUGAAUUAACCAAACAGGGUGUCAUUGAACUUUAUGAGUUUCAAAAGAAAUACCCCAACGCCGAAUCACGCGUCAAAGUGUUUUUGAAUCAAACAACGCCCUUUUUCAAAAGCUAUAUACAACGAUGUCUAUCCAACUUGGAAGCCGAGGAUGAAGAACUACACGCCGCCGCGGCUUCAGAAGCUUCAGCCGCAGUGGCUUCAGCCGCAGCCAAUGUAUCACGCUUUACGGCGGAACGACAUUCACAGAUCUUCACGGUCACAACCACUUCAUCCUCUUCGAAACGUUCUGCUACGGCCACCAGUCCUUCCUCCUGGGAACAAGAGCAACAGCCACAGUCACCAUCACCUAUGGAAAGACAUGGGAUGGAGGAUCCACCCGUGCGACCCUCGUCUAUCUCUCAUCCACAACAGCUUUUACAAAAAAGACUGGAUUCACGCGCUUCAGAUGAUACAGCAGAAAUCAAAUUAAGAUUACUAAGGUUACAACAGAAAUUCGGUUAUAGAACAGAGGUUGAGGAAGGUACCACGUCUGUCAAUGCUGGUUUAACGACUACUUCAAACACUGUAUCACAAGCACAAGACGCGUCACUGGUUCAAGCAGCUUCAACAAGACAACCGAGCCUGUUUCAGGAUAACUAUCAAGGUUCAUUAAAGACAGAAACCGAUAGACAACAGGCGCUUAAGGAUAAAAUAGCUAAAAUGAAGCAGGUCAUCCAUUCUGCUGCUUCCUCUUCAGAUAGGCAAUAA